AUGAUGUGGUGUACUGUUAGGUGAGAGGCGAGGAGAAUGUGAUUGGUUGAAAGCUUAGUUAAAAAGUUAUUUUCUGAUGUGGUAACAGUAUAAUAUCACAGCCCUGUACUUAAACAUAGUAAUACGUAGCCAUAUACCGUAUUGUGUGAUACCCCACUAUGUUUACAGAUAGUCAAAUCCUUUUGUCUAACAUGUUCCUUUAUCUGUAGGGGGAUGAUACAGCGUCCCAAGCCCACUGACUCAGAGGCUGACCUCCUACGAGAGCAGGAGAGGUUUCUUGCCUCAGGGACCCAGUCCACGGUCAAUGUGGUCCGACGGCCAGACAAGAGAUCAGGAGACUCCGAGGGGGCUCAAGGAGACCAGCGAGAUGUGGUCACAAUCCAAGGUUCAUAGGCUGCGUUUACACAGGCAGCCCAUUGCUGAUCUUUUUUCUACUAAUUGGUCUUUUGACCAAUCACAUAAUAUCUUUUUACAUCAGAUCUUUUUCAGAGUUGGUCUGAUUGGUCAAAAUACCAAUUAGUGAAAAAAAGAUCCGAAUUGGGCAGUCUUCGUAAACAUAGCCAUAGUAACACAGUCUAUCAUCAUACAUGUAGGGCGGCAGGUAGCUUAGUGGGUAAGAGCGUUGUGCCAGUAACCGAAAGGUCGCUGGUUCUAAUCCCAGAGCCGACUAGGUGAAAAAUCUGUUGAUGUGCCCUUGAGCAAGGCACUUAACCCUAAUUGCUCCUGUAAGUCGCUCUGGAUAAGAGCUUCUGCUAAAUGACACAAAAAAAAAAAAAAAAAAAAAAUACACCUCUCUGUAAGAUAGUUGAUUGUGUGUAGCGUGGAGCCUAAACACAAUUUUAGGUAUUCUGAUUGUUAAAAAUAUGAUGCUGUGCAUCUCUUUCUUUAGAUCUUCCAGAUGAGCUCCCCACUCUGACUCCUGCACCUCCCAAAAAGUCUCGCCUCAAAGCCGAGCGUGUUCGCUUUGAGGAUGAGGACCCAGAGGAGAGGUUGGACAGACAUGACACGCACAUCAGUGCUGUUCUCUCCAAGAUCAUUGUGAGUGAUACUCUCACCAUUUAUCUCCUGCUCAGCAGAGCCACACACAGUUCUGUUUGUGUCUCAACAACAACUCCUACAUUCUUGCUUCUCUUCCCCUAGGAAAGGGACACUAGCACUACACCAGUGUCCUUACCAGCAUUCACGGGUCUUGCUUUUCCUAAAGUAUUACACCGGCCCGAGAUGGAGAGCCCGGUAGGAGCUCAAUUGCUCAGCUUUGUUAUGAGGAUCAAUUAGUUACUACAGAAAUGACUUCAUACUAUAUGUGGUACAAUUAAUCCAGAAUGGUGCUUCACAAGUUAUGGAUGCACACACAAACUAUUGCUCUAAAUUAUGUUAUGUUUCACUAGGUUCCAGCUACUGGGGGAAAGAUGAGCAUUUUUGCCCGACAGAUUGCAGCACAGAGAAUAAAAGAGGGGAAGACCCCUUUACACUGUACACCAGAAUCCAGGGGUCAAACAUCUGGACCCAAGGUGCUGAACCUCUCUCCAGAGUCCACCAUGGAGAUUGAUCAACCUCCCUCUAGACUUGACCGUAAGUACCAGAGUUCUAAUAAUUAAUUUCAUAAAGUUGAAAAUACUAUAUUCCUGGCAGACUCUGAAGGCCCAACUUGGCUUGCACUGAAUGGGAUGUCCUGUUUGUUUUUGUACUGUCCCACUUGCAAGACAAGCCUGCCAUUACUAAAUUGUUCAGUUGGGGAAACUUGCUCAUGUCUCUCUCUUUCUCUUCCAGGAUUCAGUGCAAUGGCGGGCCCCAGGCUGGUGUCUGGCCAGGGGCUUGGUGGGUCAGACAGUACAGUAGAAACACUGAAGAUCCAUCAGGAGAACCAGGCCAAACUACAGGCCAUGUCUAAGGGAGAGAUCCUGGAGGAGCAGAAAAGGCUGCUGGGUCAGCUAGGUAGGCACAUUUGGGGAUUGUUGUGCUGUGUUUGAUGAGGCUAUGAUGUGAGCCUUUUAAACCUUCAAUCAUAUUGUGUACCUCUCAGAUCCCAGACUUGUUGACUUUGUGAGGUCUCGUAAGGCACCGGGAGCUCCAGCCUCUGCCCCACAGCCUUCCAACUCCCAGGAUGAGAGACGCAGGGAACGGCUUCUUCAAGAAACCGUCAUGUUGGAGACAGACGCUAAGAAGCCAGAGCAGAAUCCUCUGGAGGUAGAGAUGGAGAGAGAGGAAGAUGAGGAAGAACCAACCCCACAACCGCCAAUGAAAGGUAGAAGACAUUUUAGAAAUGUGCUGUAACUCCAUUACGAAUUAGCAAGAGAAACUGCCGCUGCACUGUAAGUCCUAGCACUCCUGGAUGUCUGCCAACUGUUUCCCCUCCUUUCAUCUAAUUGCACAACUAAUUUCGUAUUGCAGAAAAGACGCCUUAGAGCUCUGUGACUGGAAUAUCUGCUUGAUUAGAAGCAAGCUAGCCAAAUUCAGAUUCACUUUGUGUAAUGGAGAUCAUUGGGGAAAGCCCAAGACAUACUGUAUGAACAUAGAGGAAGAAUGAUUUGAUUGUCCGUUGCUGGACCACAGUGCGUGUCUACAGUAUUUUGGAUUGUUCUCAGACAGCAAUGCCAGCAUUACAAGCUUUUAUUCUCCAUUAGUCUGAUAGGAGGGAAAUGUACUACUGAGGCACUAGAGUAACUAGAUGCAUUCGAGUUACCCCAAAACCUGGUUUCGAUUCAGAUCUAGAUCAUUUUGGGUUCCUAAUUUUGGAUAUUUAGCCCAUGAAGUGCUUUACAAAUAGUGCUAAAUAUUGUACUAAUGAUGCAUUCCCACCAUGUAUCUCUCCAGAGGAGGACCUGCCAGUUAAGCCUCAGAAGGAGUGGGUGCACAUGGACAAGCUGGAGCCAGAGAAGCUGGAGUGGAUCAGGGACCUGCCUGCCCCCAGACGGAAAGGAACCAAGCAGGUACAAACUACUGUUUACAUGGAACACUUUGUCAAGAGAUGCGGAGAGCUUGUGUGUUUGUCUCAUCUAAUGACUAUCACUGUGUCUCUGUGCUGACAGGCCAUGCAGGCUCGCUUUGACUUUGCCGGAACCCUGAUCCCGCCCACAGAGGACCUGCCCACCCACCUUGGUCUGCACCACCAUGGAGAGGAGCCUGAGGUCAGUAUAGAGCCCUAAGACACACAUCUCCUGGUUGUUUUUCCAGAGAAUAUGCUUGUUGACCUCUUCUCUCUGUCUCCCCCAGCUGGCUGGUUACUCCCUGCAGGAGCUCUUCCUUCUCUCUCGUAGUCAGGUGAUCCAGCAGCGGAGCCUGGCACUCAACACUCUGGCCCACAUCCUCACCAAGGUACUGCCUGUCAAUCAGUUCAAUCACAUAGAGCCAUUCAGACAAAAGCUGUAUGCAGUAGUUAUGGUUAUCAGAAGACAGUUGAAUCCGCUUUAACGUUGGAGAUCGGUGCUCCUGUUGUUCCUGUAGGCGCGUGCUGGUGAGUUUGCGGCCGCUCUCAGGGGCAGUGUGGUGUCCACUCUGCUGGAUGCUGGCCUUCUCUUCCUGCUGCGCUUCUCACUGGACGAUAAUGUGGAGGGAGUGAUGUCUGCCGCUGUGCACGCGCUCAGAGCCCUCCUGGUGUCCUCAGACGAUGAGGUAAGAGACCUUGCAUACAGAGUGCACCUUGUAUCAUCACCACUAGUGUACCAUGGUUUGGUAUGCGUGUAUAAACACAUCGUUUUUUUAACAAUCUUUGUCCCUGUCUUGUUUCAGGAUUGUCUGGACAGCACUCUCUCAUGGUUCCGUGGGCUGGCCUCUUUUCCUCUACUGCCCACUGCUCAGGACGAGGAGGAUGAGGAAGACGAGGGGCUGCCUGAGGUCAUGAGAGAGACGGCUCAAGAGAAGGAAGAGAAGAAGACUGAUCAUGACGUGGCCAGGGAUGAUGUCGUUAAGGUGACUAGAGACCAACAGUCCUUCACCUUUCCACUAUCGCUCGCUCUGUAAUGAUGCACCUCAUUGUCUUUGCACCCUGUGGAGAAGUGCUAGUGAUAAAUGCAUUGUCUAAAGCUGUUGGCUGUGUUGGUUCUCUGUUUCAGGGUUUACUGAGGAUGAAGCUGCUUCCUAGGCUCCGCUACAUCCUAGAGGUGAUCCGCCCGUCACCCAGGGGGGUCCAGGAUGUGCUGGGAGUCCUGAUCCGAAUCGCCAGACACUCCUCCUCUGCAGCCACUCAGGUAACAUCAACUACACCGUCCACAAUGCCCUCUGGCAUACAGUAUAUGUUCCUCUCUCUGGUUUUAUUAGCUAUAAGCCCCUUGACAUGAGGGACCAUUUGUAGUAUGACUACUAUCUGUACUGUCACUGCAGGUCUUGGACUGCCCUCGUCUGAUGGAGACUGUUAUGUCAGAGUUCCUGCCCUGCUCCUGGGCAGUGCCCUCCUCGCCCACGCCCCAGUCUGCAUACGGACUGCCCGUGGCCAACGCCAUGAAGCUGCUACGUGUCCUGGCCACCACUGGCAGACACGCCUGUGCCAGGCUGGUAAGUGUGGAGAGAGGAGUUUUCAAACCCAACUGCCAGCUUACCUCAUGUAGUAAUGCUACACUUAGCCUUCUUCUGUUGGGUAACUUCAAUAUGAUGGAGUGAUGCAUAAGUGUUUUCUGAUCUUGAUGUGAUAUAUGAUCUUGUCUAAUAGACUAUUAGAAUGAAGUCACUGACUGUGUUCCCCAGCUGAACUCUCUAGGUGCGCGUGAGCGUCUGUCUCGUCUGCUGGCCCCAGAGCCCAGCGAGCUGCUGCUGGAGCCGGGUGAGGCCCUGAGGGUCAGCACUGAGGCCUACCGGCUGUGGGCCAUUGCAGCCAGCUACGGACAGGCCUGUAACCUGUACAUGUGAGUCACUGGUUUUCAAACCCCCAAACAUCACCUACACUGAGUGUACAAAACAUUAGGAACACCUUCCUAAUAUUGAGUUGCACACCCUUUUGCCCUCAGAACAGCCUCAAUUCAUCGGGGCAUGGACUCUACAAGGUGUCGAAAGCGUUUCACAGGGGUGCUGGUCCAAGUUGACUCCAAUGCUUCCCACAGUUGUUUCAAGUUGGCUGGAUGUCCUUUUGGGUGGUGGACCAAUUCUUGAUACACACGGGAAACUGUUGAGCGUGAAAAAAACAGCAGCUUUGCAGUUCUUGACACACUCAAACCGGGUCACCUGGCACCUACUACCAUACACUGUUCAAAGGCACUUACAUCUUUUGUCUUGCCCAUUCACCCUCUGAAUAGCACACAUAAACAAUCCAUGUCUCAAGGCUUAGAAAUCCUUCUUUCACCUGUCUCCGCCCCUUCAUCUACACUGAUUUAAGUGUAUUUAACAGGUGACAUCAAUAAGGGAUCAGUCUGUCGUGGAAAGAGCAAGUGUUCCUAUUGUUUUGUACACUCAGUGUAUAUGGGCUCCUGGGGGAUGGUAGGGCUGAAAUAAGCUAUCUGCACACGCUGUGUUAAAAGAAUAGUCUUCUCCUCCCAAUUUCAUUUACAAAGGGAUUGCUUAAUACCACAGACAACUUAGAUCAGAUGGGUAUAAUCGCUUGGUGUUAGAUUAAACAUGGCAGGAACAGCUGUGUCAACAACAAGUCUGUCCCUCCGGGUGAAUAGUACAGCAGAACAUCUUCUUCCCUCUACCAUUACCAGAGACCUGUACCCCAUCCUGGUGAGAGUGUUGCAGUCUGCCCACCGGCCCUGGCACCCCUCGGACCCCCUGUUGCCCCUGGAGCUCCACAGGCUCCAGGCCCUCCUCACUCUGCUCACCCACGUCACACAUACCGCUGGCUGCCAUCAGGAGCUGCAGGCUGGCCUGGUCAGGUAACACACUCUGAAUCUCUACUACUUCUAACUAUGUUCACUCCUGCAGCUUUGAAGUGUUUCAUGUGGCUCCAUGAUGUGCUGCUUUGUAUUGAUAGCCAUUGGAUUCAACAGUGCCAAACCUCUACUUUCACUACAGUUCCCAGGGGGCCGAGUGUCCUCCCCCACCCCCGGUGACGUGGGGUCAUGUGACAGGUCUACAGCCCACAGUGCUGGGGCUGCUGAAGGGCUGUGUGAGAACUCUGGGGGAGCCAGUCCAGAGGGAGAGCACCCUGAGACUGGUGCCGGCCUACCUGCUCUACAUGGGGGCCUUCUACUCCCAGCUCUCCAUCCAGGUGACUGUAUAAAACCAUAGCAGUACUCAACAAGGGAAUUAAAAGAUCCGACCAGAAUUGAAUCGAAAUAGUCGUAACUGCCUGUCCUCGUCGCCUCGUCAUCCUUCAUCAGGACAGAUUGGAAAGAGGCUUCCACUACAGUGCUGUGAUAAAAUAUUUGCCCCCUUUUGGAUUUUCUCUGUUUUUGCAUAUUUUUUUACACUGAGUGUCGUCAAAUGUUCAACCAAAACCUAAUAUUAGAUAAAGGGAACAAAUAACACAAUUUGAUACUUAUUUCAUUUAUUUAAUAAACAAAGUUAUGCAAUAACCAAUGCCCUGUGUGAGAAAGUAAUUGGCCCCUUACACUCAAUAACUGGUUGUCCCACCUUUUAGCUUCAAUGACUGCAACCAAAUGCUUCCUGUAGUUGUUGAUCAGUCUCUCACAUCGCUGUGGAGGAAUUUUGUCCCACUCUUCCAUGCAGAACUGCUUUAACUCUGAAACAUUUUAACUCUGAAACAUUUGUGGGCUUUCAAGCAUGAAGUAAAAAACGUAAAAUGUGUUGGUUUUCAGCCAUUCUGAUAUAGACUUGCUUGUUUGCUUUGGAUUAUUGUCUUGCUGCAUGACCCAGCUGCGCUUCAACACACGGACGGAUGGCCUGACAUUCCUUUUUAGAAUUCUCUGAUACAGAACAGAAAGGUGCUUCUAGGUCCUUUUUAGCAAACUUGAGAUUACUUUUUGGACGACAUGGGUCCCGUUAUCUGUCGAAAACCAAACACUGCAUUCCAAAGUAAGAACCUCAUACCAACAGUCAAACAUGCUUUGCUGCCUCAGGACUUGAACGACUUGCCAUCAUUGAAGAAACUGAUAUGUAUCAGAGAAUCCGACAGGAGAAUGUCAGGCCAUCCAUCCAUGAGCUGAAGCUGAGGCGCAGCUGGGUCAUGCAGCAAGACAAUGAUCCAAAACACACAAGCAAGUCUACAGCAAAAAUAGAGAAAAUCAUCUCAUAUUCUCUUUUCUAUUCUGGAUUACGAUGUGUCUUUAGUUAGUAAUAUAUGUCUGUGCCAAACCUUUCAGAGCUCGUUCAAUCCAGUGGAGUGUCUGCAGGAGCUGGAGAUGCUUACCUCAGAGGUUCUUCUCCCUCUGCUGUCCCACGAGGCUGUUCACAGCCUGAUUAACAACCUCAAGUGAGUCCCAUCUACUUAGAAGCAUAGAGCUACAUCUAUGGUGAUUUACUCCCUAUCUGCAGUGCGUAAUGGAGGGAAUGUUGCUCUUCCUGUGUGGUUGUGCGUUUUUCUGUCUAGCACCUGAUCCAGUGCUGUAGGAUGAUGCUCUGGGAGUGUAUAGUCUCUGUGUUGUGUCCCCAGGUGUAGCUCGGCAGUGUGUAACCCCCAGUCCUGCUGCCCCGGCCCUGAGACCAUCCCCAGUCUGCCUGGUCUGGGCUGCGCCGGGUGGAUGUCUGGUGGGGGUCUUGCUGGACCCAGCUCCCCCUUCCCCCUCAUUACCUCCCUGUGCUACCUCCUGGACACCCUCACCAGCAUCCACAGAGGCCUGGUCCGCAAAGUAGGUCCUUAUGAAGCUGUAGUUACUCUCUAAAUUUGACUUUAACUCUCAGGUGUAAACCACAAGCGUUAGUGUGGUUCUGAGUGGAACGGAAUGAAUAUAUGUCGCCAACUAGUGGUUGAUUUUGAGAUGUGUAACAAACAAUUCACAUUAAUGUCUUUGCCUUGUUACCUUGCAGUGGGCUAGUGGGACUAGGACUAAUCUCUCUCCUAUGGUCUCGCUCUCUGUUCAGUUCAGCUCCCUCCUCCUCUUUGAGGCUGUGCUAGGAUACCUGCGUGGCUGUGGCCAAGCCAAGCCUACCCUGUCUCACUGGGUCCUGCGUCAUGAACACCACCUGCUCUACCUGCUGCUGAAGCUGACCCACAGACUGGUAGUGUAUAGAGCCCAACUUCCAUCCCAUCACUCAGUCUUAGGCUAGUCUGGAUACCUGUCUGUUUAGCUAUCAUUCCACUCCUGUCAUGCCAAACGCCACCUUUGGCAUUUGACCCAGAGUACAAGGAGUGGAAUGUUAGCCGAACAGACUUGUACCCAUAUAGUCAUUCAGGGUGAUGCUGUUUAUCAUCGCCCUAUAGGCUCAUCUUGUCCUUGUCAUUGAGUCACUUUGGAAUUCAGACAAGUGAUUCUGUUAAGAGGUUCAUCUGUACAUGUUUAUGCAUCUGAAGUCUCCACUUGGUGUCACUUGACAAGUUCCCCUGUUAAAUAUUUCAGAUACAGAUAGUUUGCCAUAAUCAUCUUAGUGUGAUUUGGACAUUUUGGAUGAGUUCUAAUAUUUGACCGAGCUGUUUGACCUCAAUGCUUCCAGGUUCCAACUGACCCAGAGGUGGCCAAGCAUGCAGCCCUGUUUCACCACGUGUCUCUGGUAAUGCUUCCCUGGCUGUUACCUGGCAGUGAAUACCUGGCCCAUGAACUCAUGUCCACCAUGGUCUUCAACAAAGACUUCAUACCGUGAGUCUUUUAGUGAUACUGUCUCCAUUACUCAAUAGGUCAGAGGUCGAAGACAUUAGAAUAGAAGUAGAAGUCUUCCCAGUGGCAAUGAAGCUUAUUUUAUAAUUGUUUCCUUUUUUCAAACAAUAUCAUAGUUCAUACAGACAUGACAAUCAAGUAAAGAUGUUUUCUAAUAUUAUUCAUUUUGCCAAGUUCUGUUGAAAGUGAAUGCUCUCACGAGCCUUGUCUAUGGAAUUAUAAAGGUUCCUGGCCAAAUGGUGGUCUCUCCUCACAACAGCAUUACCAACCCAAAAGGAGUUCUCCUCCAAUUAACUUUCAUAAAACAGAACUUAAACUCUGGAAUUCCUGUGUAGUGAAAUAUUUGAUGUGUUGAGGUGCAGGGCCAGAAGAUAAAUUGUUGUUGAAAGAGGAGAUGUACUUCAGCCAGGGUGGUUUGUGGUGCAUUACCUUAUCCCCAAAUUUGAUAUGUUGGCACAACACAGAAAAAACCCUUUUUGAUUCAUUGCAAAUGUAUGUAGUUUAUGGCAGUGGUGGCAAUAGUAUGGUUUAUGUUUACACAGCAUCUGGUCUGCUAAGCACACAAUUGGUUCUUCUUUAAACAAAUUCAGACAUUCUGUUAUUUUGAUUUUACCAUUCCAUUGUCUGGAUAUAAUUUGUUUUAGAAAUAAAUGUGAAGCAGGUUUUCAAAAGGUCAUGGCAUGGCUAAGGGCUUUGAUCUCAAGUCACAAAGUACACUGGUUUUUCUCAGGAUGGGACUUUUCUGCAUUAUGUAUAGACCUGGGUUCAAGCAGUGUUUAUUUUAUUUCAGGUACUUUGAGUUUUAAUCAAGUGCAGCUCAAGUAGAUGAUAGAAAAUAAAUAUACCUACUAUUGAACCCAGGUCUGCUAUGGAGAUGGGCUAUUUAGAACAUAUGGCAUCUCUUUUGUGUUUUGUCAAUGUUGUUGAGUGAGUGGACUGCCUAUAAAUCGUUUCCAACAGGAUAUUAAACUAUGUCAUGCUAAGCCAUCUCGCAUUAUAUCCAGGUUGCACCAAAUAGUAGCCUCCGGAGCGAACUCCUGACCUUUUCACUUUCAGUUAGAUCACUGCUCUAUAGCUGGUAUUCCUCUGAUGCCACUGCCAACCUGCCUCAUUAGUCUUCUUGUGAAGGCCCUAUUGUAUGUGAACUCAGUGCUGUGUAGCUCAACUAUUCCAUUCUCCCUGUCUUCCAGAGAGGGUCAGAGUGGAGGGCCCGAGGCUGCAGAGAUGUCUGAGAUGCGGCUCCAGGAGCGCUCCUCCCCUUCCCUCCAGACCCUGGGUCCUCUGCUGAGGGAAGCCUGUGUCCAGCUGCCCUCUGUCCGGGGCUGCUACCUCUCCCACCUGGCCCACAUGGAGCCCUCUGUCCUCUCCUCCAGGGACUUCCACCUGGGGCGAACGCCCUGGCUCAACACCCAGCUCCUCCCAGAACUCUCCGGACCAUCCCUCCCCUCCGAUUGGCCCUUCCUGCCACUCGUAAGCCUGUACGAGCGGGCGGGUGCACCGGACGGAGGGGGCCUGCAGGUGGAGUCGCUCCCUGCGGGGGCAGUGCAGUCGGUCACACACUGCCUGCAGUGGCUGCUGCUGCUGGAGGUCUGGAGGGAGGAGGCCCUCAGGGUGGUGCUGCCUGUAGCCAAGCUGGCCCGUCUGGCUUGUAUCUUCCUGUGCUCCAGUGAUCUCUUCAUGGAGAGGCCUGUCCAGAGGCUGACCUGGGCUCUAUUCAGGCUGCUCACCAGGCCCUCUCAGCUGGAGGCUCUGGACUUCAACUCCCCUCCUCCAGGCCUGCACUCCUUCAAUGACCUCUAUUCUGCCCUGGUGGGACAGUUUGAGGCGGUGUCAUUCGGUGACCCCCUGUUUGGCUGCGUCAUCCUCCUGCCUCUGCAGAGGCGCUUCAGUGCCACCAUGAGGCUGACUCUGUUUGGGGAGCAUGUGGGCCUGCUGCGUUCCCUGGGGGUAACACUGGAACAGGUGAGAGGGAGGCUGGUUAACACGCUGGAUUGAAUGUUGCGAUUGAGAGUACAGGGUACAUUAUUGGGUAGACGGCCAGUAGAUGGAGCUCUGGGGCUCUUGUCACUUUCUGCAACGUUGUGCCAUUUGACAAUGUGUCUAAAACAUGUAACAUAAAGAUAGGCUAAAUGAGCCCCUCUCUGUGUUUUUCCUAGCUGGCCAUCCCUAUGGAGAGGUUCACGUCACCCCCGGAGGACUCUCUCCCGCUGCUGCGCCUCUACUUCCGGGCGCUGGUGACGGGGACACUGAGGCAGUGCUGGUGUCCUGUGCUCUACGUGGUGGCUCUGUCCCACCUCAACACCUUCAUCUUCUCCCAGGACGCAGCAUCACAGGUACAGACACACAUCACAGGCCCAGGGUGUGGAUCAGUGUUGUUGAGCGACACGGAUGACAACUGACUGGACUGGGUGGUAUUGCAGUUCAUAGAAAGGUCACACUGCUCUUUGGGGCUAUGCAAUUUCAGGGUGAUUUGGAAUGGAUCUGUACUUUCAAUAGGAACACUUUUAUAGUCCCCCUUUGUCUUUCCUUCUCCAGCAGGUGGAAGCAGCCCGUCGCAGCCUCCUGAGGAAGACUCACUACCUGACUGAUGAGGUACACACUCACUCACCUUCCCCCGGGGUCUUCCAUCUCGCCACUGCUCCUGUCUCCUUCCCCACAGCCUUCUUAUCCUCCUGCCACUCCUCCUCUCCCCUAAUGGUCUCCCCUAACAUCUGUCCUAUCCUAUCUAGGUGUUGAGGAGCCACCUGCUGCUGUUUAGGCUGCCCCAGAAAGACUCUGAGCUGGGCUUCAACACUUACGGCCAGCUGCCUCCCAUCCGGCAACGCAGGCUGGAGAGUGUUCUGGGGACCCAGGAGGUGAGCGAUAGCAAGAGGGAAUGAGAACAGAGAGGAAGUGGGACAGAUCAUGGUUCUCAUUUGGAGCUCCGUGGUCAUGCCAAGGGUACCAGGUCCAAGAGGGCUUUACUGGAAACAGUGCGCAAGGAUAAAGAGAUGCUGUAAAGGUGCCUAGAAUUGUCAAUGUCAAAACUGCGACUGUAUUUUGAAUAAAGAUGCUUUUGUAUGUAUAUGUAACUUCAGCACUGCUGGAGUAGUUGAUUUGUCUU